AUGUCCUCGACGCUUGAUCAUGUCGCCUUUAUGGCGCCACGUCCUGCGGUCGAGCGGCCCAAUCCGCCGCCGACCACACACUCAUCGGCGGGUGCGGCUCAAGCUCCCAUGACGACUCUCCCACCGCUUGGCUCUGCUCUCAGCAAGCCGCCGGCUGAGCCGCCCCUUUACUCUGCUCCUCGCGCCGAGCCUCCCGCUCCGGAGCCGGCCAAUAGAGAGCUACCCAAGCCAGUCAUUUCCGAGCACAAGCCAGUCAUCUCUGAGCCCAUGCCGGCCAUCUCUGAGCCCACGCCGGCCAUCUCUGAGCCCAAGCCAGCCGGUCUCGUCGGCGCAUCGCUGCCACCCAUUUCCAAUCUGGAUGCGCCGCCUCAGCCGCCCAAGGAGCCAGCCGCAGCCCCUAUCGUGAAUGCGCCGGGCCUCGGUAAGCCUGUAGAGGCAGUUGAGCCAGCGGCAGAAGCGACUUCAGCACCAGGCCUGUCUGCGCCGGCUUUCCCGAAACCCGUCGAGAUCAAGUCUGUGCCCCAGACGCCCAUCAAUGAUCGCACGCCUGCUGGUGGUACGCCUCGACCUGAGCUCGACAUUUCGCAGGAGCCAGUCCAAACGCCAGAGUCCAAGCCCACGGCUUCUGUGCCCGACGCCAAACCUGCGGCUUCUGCGACUUCUGCACCCGAGUCCAAGCCAGAGUCGUCUUUGAACGGGGCAAAGGAGCCGGCGCCCACUCCUGCUCCCGCGCCAGCUCUCGGCCAAAAGCGCAAGUUUGAGGACGAGGCAGAGUCCAAGCUGGAGCAGGCUGAGAAAAAGCCCAAGGUUGAAGAGCCGAAGCCGGCCUCGAACGGUGCUACUGAAGUGCCUACGGCUGCACCUGCGGCCACCGAGGCUGCGGCCGAUGCGCCAGCUCCCGCGGCCCCGGCACCCAAGAAGGCCGGCCGACCUAAGAAGAAGAAGACGCUGGCGCCUGUUGGCCAAACGAAGCGCAAGACGCGCAGCCAGGGGCCUGUCGAGGGCGCACUUUAG